AUGGGCUCCGUCGUCAUCCCCCAUCUCAACUCAGGCUGGCACGUCGACCAGGCCAUCCUGAGCGAGGAGGAGCGCCUGGUGUGCAUCCGCUUCGGCCGCGACUGGGACCCCGCAUGCAUGCAGCAGGACGAGGUCCUCUACAAGAUCGCCGACAAGGUCAAGUCCUUUGCCGUCAUCUACGUCUGCGACAUCGACCAGGUCCCCGACUUUAACCAGAUGUACGAGCUGUACGACCCCUGCACAAUCAUGUUCUUCUUCCGCAACAAGCACAUCAUGUGUGACUUUGGCACCGGAAACAACAACAAGCUCAACUGGGUCCUCGAGGACAAGCAAGAGCUCAUUGACAUUCUCGAGACAAUAUACCGAGGUGCCAAGAAGGGUAGAGGUCUCGUCGUCAGUCCAAAGGAUUACUCCACCCGUCACCGCUACUGA